AUGAAUAAUCAGGAAAGAGAACAAAUAAUAGUAUUGGAUACAGCAGCAGCACAUACUCCAUUGUCUUCACCAUCUUCUAUUGGUAGUGGAGGACACGGCCAUCACCACCACCAUCAUAACCAGGGAUUUAAUUUAUCAAGAUCAUCAUCAUCGUCUUCUGGAGGUGGAUUUUGUGGAUCACCAAAUUUAAUCAAUAUUUUGACAACUUUAUUAAUCACUAAAAAGAAACAAAUCAACAACGACGAAGACUACGACGACGACGACGACGACCAAGACAUAGAAUACGAGGACGAGGAGGAACAACAACUACAAAGAAUAAUAAACUACGAGGAAGAAGAAGAAGAACAAGUAGUAGCACAAGACUUGGAGGAUAUAUUAUCCAUGUCAAGAUUAAUUUCACAUUCCAACAACAAUUCCUCAUCCUCCUCUUCUAUGGACGAGCAAACCCCUACUUGCUCAACUACAAAUAAUAAUAAUAAUAAUAAUACGAGUGGUGGUGGAGGAGGAGGAUUCUCAUUUCCAAAUUUAUUUCAACAAUGGAGAAAUGGAUUUUCAUCGAUUACAUCUACAAAUAAAAGAUUAGAAUUCAAAGAUAAUAAUAAUACAGAAUGGAAGAAACAAAAAAUGUCACACCAUAAUACCGAUAAUAACAAAAAUAUAAAGAAUAAUUUAAAUAAUAAUAAUAAUGGUGGAAUUUAUUAUUCAUCGACUUCAUCCACUUUAAACAAUUUAAUAGCAAUAGAAGAACUAUAUGACAAUGCACCUGACAAUAAUAAGAAUAAUAAUUAUAAUUGUAAUUAUAAUAACGAUACUCAAUUAGUUCCAGAGUUAAACAUUGAUAAUGAUAAUGAUUUAAUAAUGUCUACAGAACAACCUAAUAAUAAUAAUUUACAAUAUUAUCAUAAAUUAAAUAAUAAUAAUAUGAAUAGAAAGAUAACUAGUGAAUUAUCAAAUAUGGAAUUAUUAUUACCAUUUGAAAUAAUGGUACAUGUAUUUAGUUUUUUGGAUUAUAGAGAUAUUUGCCAGUUACAAUCUGUCAAUCGCAAUGUAAAGGAAAUUAGUAGCGUAUUUGUGAUUUGGAAACAACUGUACAAACAACAUUGGUCGGCAUUGAAUUGGAGUAACAAAAAGAAAUCAAAGCUACCAUCAUACCAACCACAAGCACAUAAUCAAUUACAACAACAACAAAAGUCGUACCAACAUUUAUUCCAAAAGCGAGUCAUUGUAGAAAAGAAUUGGAAAAAGGGUAGAUGCUCAGUACACACAUUGUAUGGACACCAAGAAGGUGUUUGGGGUGUACAGUUUCACAAACAAACUUUGGUCAGUGGUUCAGAGGACGGUGUCAUGAAGGUAUGGGAUAUUGAAGAGGGAGUGUGCCAACACACGUUGGUUGGUCAUACAGACGUUAUCAACUCGUUCCAUUUUGAGCGUGACGUAGUCGUCAGUGGCUCGGAUGACAGUACUCUCAAGAUUUGGUCGAGUAAUACUGGCAAGUGCAUGUCGACAUUCAAAGGCCACCAAGGGUCAGUGUGGAUGCUAGAGUUUAACAGCGACAAUGUUUUGGUGAGUGGUGGUGACGACAAGACCGUACGUCUAUGGGACAUGAGCACUGGUCAACAGACCAUGUCACUACUCGGACACUCUGGACGCAUCUACUAUGUACAAAUGGCCAAUGAGAAUUUAAUCGUCAGUGGUGCCCAAGACCGAACCUGUCGUAUCUGGGAUAUCCGCACUGGCAAGCACAUCCAUACCAUGGCAUCCAAUUCCCCCGUUCAUUGCCUUCAAAUCAAUCAUCAGGGAUUCUCACCGUCCAACCCCAACUGGAAUGUAGCGUCUGGACACAAUAAUGGGACCAUCUCGGUUUGGAACCUACGAACAGGCUCGUUACAAGCUAUGCUCUCUAACCCUCUAUGCUGUCCAGUAUGGCACAUACAAUUUAGAAACAACGUCAUCUACACCUCUUCUUGUAACAAUCUACAUAGUUGGGAUUUAAAUAUUGGACAACAACAACAACAACAGCAACUAGCACCAGUAGUUCUCGGUGACCAACAACAACAAUCAUUUUCACAACUUACCUGUUCAAAGGUAUUCAAAGGUCACACCAAAUCAAUCAAACAUUUCCAAGUCAAAGAUAAUCGAAUGGUCAGUGGUGGAUUGGACAACAAAAUCAAGGUUUGGGAUCUUGACAAACCUGGAAACAGUUAUCUGUACACUCUUGGUCAACAUACUGGUAGCGUCGAUUGGCUAGAAUUUAAAAAGGAUAAACUUGUUAGUUGUAGUAGUGAUCAUACUAUUAAAGUUUGGGAUUAUAACUAA